GCAACCACAAUUAUAUACUUUUGGUAUUAUAUAACAGUUAAAGACACAUAUUCACCAAUUUUUAAAAAUAAUUUCUUGUCAAUACAAUUGAAACUUCUCUCUCAACUUGAAACAAAUGGAACCACAACUUGAUAAUUCUGAGAUUUCCAACUUCAAAAAAAAGAACAAGUGUGAAAAUGCUAAAAGGUUUACUGAUGAGCAAGUGAAGUUACUUGAGUCCAUGUUUAAGCUAGGAACAAAGAUAGAGCCAAGAGAGAAGCUGAAAUUAGCAAGAGAACUCGGGUUGCAACCACGCCAAGUAGCUAUUUGGUUUCAGAACAAAAGGGCUAGAUGGAAAUCGAAGCAAUUAGAACACGAAUAUCGCCUACUUCAAUCGAAAUUUGACAAUUUAAAUAUGCAAUUUGAAUCAUUGAAGACAGAAAAGGAGAGAUUACUCAUUCAGUUGGAGACAUUAAAUGAUCAGCUAGAGAACAACAACGCUAGAGGCAGCGGAAGUCAAGAUUCAAGAGAGGGUGAAAUGCUGUUGCAUAGAGAGUUAGAAAUGAAGGAUUGUUCAGGUUCGAGAUUUGAUCACAAGAGUGUAAACGAAGAGGAUGAUGAGACAAGAGAAGGAAGAGAUAAAUACUUCACUCCAAAAGAAGAAGCAGAGUUUUGGAACCUGGAGGAAUUAGGAGAUAAUAAUUCCUUACAACAUUGGUGUGUUGGCUUAGCUAGUAUUUCCAAUUCCAAGUUGUGGGACUUUUGAGACUCACAAAAUUGUACAUAAAUUUUCAUAAAGUAGUAUAGUAGAAUAGAAGGAAGGAAUAUUUAUAUAUCUCUGUUUCCCAUUGUGAAAAAGAAUCAGAAUACUUCAUGAAAAACAGAGGCAUUGUUUGUGAAUCCUUCUAGAAAAAAAAAUACAUGCAACGAAAAAGGAAAAGAGAGGUAGCACAUUCUUGCGUUAGCAUAGGGAUCGAUAAAGGAUCGCACUCUUAUAGGGGUGUAGUAUAAGUUGUAAAUACCAAUGCAAAGUAGUGGUGGAGAAAGACUUCGUGUAGAAACCAAGGAACGUUAAUAUAAAUUAUUUUACCUAGCGA